AUGAGCCAAGGUGAUGAUCCCAAACAUGAUUUGCUGUGUGGACGGCACCUUCAAUGCCUGCUUUCAAACCAACGGAAAGCUGAGAAGUGCCAGCUGCUGCAGCCGCAGCGGGGCCAGCAACAGCGAGGACACAUUUGGCAAUGUAGCGUCGUUCAAUGUUACCAAUACCUAUGGGCGUACACCGGGAAAUUUAUCGAGAGCCAUGCCGCGAUUGGCAUUGAGAGCUCGGAUGGCGGCCCAAGGAACCAAGUUGUUGGCUUGCCAUUGAGCAAAGAGACCAAACGCAGCUCGAAGUUGGGUACUAGCUCGGCGAUACAUGUACCACUUACAUUCAUCCCUGUCGCAGUCCGCGACGAACCCUGUAACCAUCUUAAUCGGUCUGCAGCUAGGCUACAGAUGCAUUGCCUCCCAUCAACUCUCCCAUUCGAGGAACGAGGUGAUCUCCUUAUCUGUGGCCUCUGGCAAUGA